CGCUUCCGGACCUGCGCAGUGGCGGUGUGCAGCAUGGCGGUGGCGGAGAAGUCGACCAAGGAGCGGCUGCUGUGCGCGCUGGACAACCUGGAGGUCCUGGCCCGGGAGCUGAUCGAGAUGCUGGCUCUGUCCCGAGGACAGAAACUACCGCAGCCGGGAGAGGACACACAGGUGCUGGAGCUGCUGGUGCAGAGGGACCGGGACUUCCAGGACCUGAUGGAGGUGGCCCAGCAGCAGGGGAAGGUGCACCAGGAGAUGCAGCUGCUGGAGAAGGAGGUGGAGAAGAGAGACAGCGACAUCCAGCAGCUGCAGAAACAGCUGAAGGAGGCCGAGCACAUCCUGGCCACUGCUGUGUAUCAGGCCAAGGAGAAGCUCAAGUCCAUCGACAAAGCCAGGAAAGGCAGCAUCUCCUCAGAGGAAAUCAUCAAGUACGCUCACAGGAUCAGCGCCAGCAACGCCGUGUGCGCUCCCCUCAACUGGGUGCCAGGUGACCCCCGGCGGCCGUACCCCACCGACCUGGAGAUGCGCAGCGGGAUGCUGGGUCACAUGGCCAACCUGCCGACCAACGGCGUGAACGGACACCUGCCAGGUGACGCACUGGCUGCUGGGAGGUUGCCAGACGUCCUCACCCCUCAGUACCCCUGGCAGUCGGCCGACGUCUCCGUGGGGAUGCUGCCUCCUCACCACGGCAACGACUUCGGCCUCGAGCCGCCGGGACACAACAAGGAGAACGAGGACGACGUGGAGGCCAUGUCCACCGACUCGUCCAGCAGCAGCAGCGACUCCGACUGAGACUGUGUGUGUGUGUGUGUGUGUGUGUGUGUGUGUGUGUGUGUGUGUGUGUGUGUGUGUGUGAGAGGGUUGGUGAUCAGACGAGAACACGAGUGAACAAAGUGACGUGCCCUCCCAUUUCAAACUGCACAGUCUGCCUUAAACAAACUGCCCCCCGCCUCCAUCCAUCCCAUCCAAUCAAACAGCAUCUCUCUCCCCAGCUGACAUCUUAUUGCUUAACCCCGCCCACAUUAUGCCCCCCCCCAGCAUCCUAUUAGAACAGGAAAUCAAUCAAACCAAGGAAGUAAAGGAUGUCUCUUCACAGAUCAAGUCCCACCUACGCUGCUCACCUGAUGUUCAUCUGUGUUACCUAGCCUUAGUGUGUGUGUGUGUGUGUGUGUGUGUGUGUGUGUGUGUGUGUUUUCUGAUAUCUUAGGAUUUGCACAGCACCAAAAGCUCCGAGACAUGUUCCCAAACCCCCAUGAAGGCAUCGCUGCAAAACUCCACAAACAGCAGGUAGCAGGAAACCCACCUGUGCGUGUGUGUGUGUGUGUGUGUGUGUGUGUGUGUGUGUGUGUGUGUGUGUGUGUGUGUGUGUGUGUGUGUGUGUGUGUGUGUGUGUGUGUGUGUGUGUGUGAGAGAUGUCGUCUCAACUGGAGGAAACCUGAAGCUGAAGAGUCGUUCAUCGAUCCAGCUGCAUCAGUUAAAGGUCAAAUCCGCCCUAAAACAUUUUUCCCUGUUUAAAAAAAAAAAAAAAAAAAAAAAAAAGCUUAAUUAAUUCGACGUUGAUGCAUUUUGAUGUUUAAAAUGCUACAUGUGAAAGACAUUAGCCUGUAG